AUGAAAACACAAGUAUUUCUGGUCGGAAAUUUCAGAAUCGGAAAUGAAACUGAAUUGUAUCUCAAUUUCCACGAAAUACUCCAAAUGAACGCAGAUAGCCAACACAAAGUGAUCUUGUCAACACAGCCAAAAAUAAUUGGUAUGAAACAAGGCAGUGUCUUGUGUCAGCUAUUGCUCCUAUUAUAUGUGACUGAUAUUGUCGAAAUCUUUGGCACCGGAAAAAUUUUUCAGUUGUUGACGACAUGCCUAUACUUAGUAUUUAUAAGCCCACUGGUGUUAGUCACAUGGUUA